AUGUCGUAAAUAACCUCUUCAUUUCUUAAAGUGAUGAAUAUUUAGAUAUAAGGUAUAGAGAUAGUUUAAGUGUAGAUCUUGAUUAGCUAAUUAAAUAGCAGGAGAAAACAAUUACUGAUCAAGCAGAUGAGAUAAAGAUUUUAAAAAAUAGAAUGAAUUAAAAGGAUAUAUUGAGUUAACCAAUAUUUGAUAAUGCGAUUGAUUAAUUAUUAGCAUUUCCUAAUUCUCUUAAUGCAAUUGGAUUAUAAGUUUAAUAAGAAUUUGAGAAGUUAAAAUAGUAAUUGUAGGAAAAGGAAUAAGAAUUAUAAUAACUUAAGUUGGGUUAAGGGAAUUAAAGGGGAUCAUAUAAACCAAAUACAUCGUAAGUAGAUGAAAUAAUAAAGUAACAUGAAGAGAUUGAUGAUAUUUUGAUAGAAUUAGAGAAGAAACUUUAUGACAAAAAACAAUAAAAGUAAGAGUUAGAAUAAAUGAUUGGUUCUUAUUAGGAGGAUGAAAAAAUGUUAAAAUAAUUGAAAUAAUAAAUGUCUGUGUUGAAUGAGUAAUUAAUAGUAGAAAAAACAUAUAAUUCUGAUGUGAGACAUUAAUUAAAGAAAUUGUUAGAAGAAACAUAAAAAUUGAAUGAAGAUUUGGAAAAGAAAUUAUCAGAAAAAAUGGAAUUAGAAGAUUAAAUGAUUAAGACAAAGAAUUAAUUGGAAUAUUUAAAAUCUUAAAAUAUUAUGUUAGGUAUAGGAACACCAAUAAAAGGGGAGACAGAAAAGUUAAUUGAAAUAGAUGAUUUGGUAAAAUAGAAUUAAGCAGUAGAUGAUUUGUUGCAUGAAUUACAGAUAAAAUUAUUGGAGAAAUAAUAAGCACACAAUUUAAUGUUAGAUGAAAUGAGUAAAAAGGAUUUAUUUGGGAAUGAAUAAAAUUCUUCAACAUCACUUAAAGCAUCAGGUAUGUCUCCAAAAAAAGAAUUAAUAAGUUAAUUAGAUGUUGAAUAACAUGAAUGUGAUAUUAUUUAAUAGUAAUUAAAAUUAAAAUAGAAGGAAGUUUAGGAGUUGAAGUAAAAAUUAUAAAAAGAGAAACAGGAAGUAUAUAAUUUAUAGAAUUAAUUAUAAGAAGAAAUAGAAGUGAAAGUUUCUGUUGAAUCAUAAUUGUAAAAUGUAUAAUUAAAAUAAAUUACAAUAUAACCAACAGUAAAAUCUUAUAUAGAGGAAGUACCUACAAUUAAUAUAUUUGGUCCAUAAAAAGAAUCAAUUCCUUAGGAUUAUUAAUUUUAGAUUGAUUAAUUAAAAGAAGUUGUAAAAUAAUAGGAAUCAUAGAUAGAAUUUUUGAAGUUUGAAAUUUAAUAGAAAGAUGAAAUAAUGUGUAUGUCUUAACAUACUUAUUUAUAAGAAUUGAAUGAAUAGAAUUAAGAUAUGGAGAAUAGAAUAUAAGAUUUAAAAAAUUAAUUAAAUUAUAAGAAAAAAAGGAGAGAUUAAUUAGAAUUAAUAGUGAGUGAAGAUUAGAAACCUAAGAGAAAAUCGUUUGUUUAGAAUUCAGAAUUAAUGGAAAUGUAAGAAUAAUUACAUGAAAAGAAUAUGAAUAUUGUUUAAUUAUAUGAAGAAAUAUCAAAACUAUAGAAAUAAUUGUAUGAAAAGGAAUAAGAAUUGUAGUAAAGAGAUGUUGAAUUAAGAUAUGAAGCAUUAAUGAAAACAAAUGAAGAUUAAUGUGAAAAGGCAGAUGAAUUAGUAAAAAAGAAUUUAGCUAUGGAUGAAUUAAUUCAUUAAUUAGAAUUAAGAUUAGUAGAAAAAGAAUCGAAGUUGAAAGAAUUAGAAUAUUUGAAUACGUCAAAGAAUUAUGAAAUUGAAUCUAAUUAAAAUAAUAAUUCAUUUUAUAAGGAGAGAGAAAGUAUAAUAAGAGAUAGUGGAAUUAAUUCAUAUGAUUAAGAUUAGGAUCAUUAAUUUAUUUAAUAAUAGUAGAUUUUGGUUGGAUUCAAUAAUAAUAUAGAACAAUUAAAAAGUAAAAUAGAAUGUUAGAAAUAUGAAUUAUAAGAAAAGGAUAAGAUUAUUGAAUAAUUGAAAUAGUAAUUAAAUGAACUGAAAAGAAGUCAUUUUAAUUAAUAAAUAUUGGCAAUUUAAGAUGUAUCUGUAAUCAAUAGAUAAAUUAAUGUAUUGUAAGAAUAAGCUGAUAAUUUAGUCAAAUAAAAUUUGGCUUUAGAAGAUGUGAUUCAUGAAUUGGAGUUUAAGUUGUAAUAAAAAAAAAGUAAGUAGGAAGAAGUUUAGAAGAUGAUAUAGGAUUUUUAAUAAGAAGAAAUUCAAUAAAGAUAACUUAAAUCAGAUGAGAUGGUAAAGAAGAAUUUAGAAUUGGAUGAGAAGAUUUAACAAAUGGAAUCAAGAUUGAUAUAAAAACAAUAAUAAUAAUAUGAAUUAGAAUAACGAUUGUCUUAACAUUCAAGAUCUAUGCCUUAACCUUUAUAAAUUUUUCAUGAGGAUUAAGAUAUAAAUUAGGAUCAUAAUUCAAAUCUAUCUGAAUUGACAAUACAAAUAGCUUAAAUAACAGAAUCUGUUAGAUAAUUAAGUUAAGAUGAUAUUGAACUUGAAUUUUUAUAGAAAUAAAAAAAAGAAAAGUAAUCAUAAAUUGAAUAGUUGAAAUUGUUUAUUUAAUCUUCUACAGAUGUAUUAUAAGAUUUAUAAAGUGAGUAAUAGAUUAAAUAAGAAUAAGUUGAAAAAAUGAAAUCAGAAAAUAAAGAUAUUGAAUUAUUGUUUAAAGAAUUGCAGAACUAAUAAAUGAAUUUUAUUGAAAAUGUUAGUAAAUCUGAAUUGAAUGUACCAAAUUGGUUGAAUUAGAAUAUGGAAUAAUCAAAAAGAUUGGAUGAACUUUAAAAAGGAUAAAAGAAGGUGAAAUAAUAGAUUAAAAAUUUAGAGUUAUUGAUUUUAGAUUUAUAAAUAGUAGUUAAGUAGAAAUAAGAUGAAUUAUAGCGUUUAUCAUAGGAGAAUUAUUAAAUAUCAAUUUUGUGGAAAAAAUAGAAAUAAAAAAGAGAUUAUUUAUUAAAAGAAUAAAGACCAUUAGGAGAGAAAGUAGGAUUACUUGAAUAAUAAGUAAAUGAUUUGUUAGCAUAAGAAAGGAGAUUAGAGCUUGAGUUAACAAGAUUAUGUUAAGCUGCAGAAUAAGCUAAAUAAUUAAAAUAAACAAAAGAAUAAUAAGUAUCAACUUUAAGUAUAGAGAGUUCAUAAUUAGAUUAAAAUAUAAUGUUGUUAAAAGAUGACAUUGAAUAAGCAAAGAUAUUAGAAUAAUAAUUGAUAGAAUAAUAGAAUCAAUAUAAAUAAAAGAAUGCUUUAAUUGAAUAAGAGAUUAAGAUUUACACUGAAAUGAAUUUAGAUAGUGCUAAUAUAAAUAGAAAAAUUGAAGAUUUAACACAUUAGAUUUCAGAUGAGAAGUAAUUAUUUGAAUAGUUAAUUGAAGAAUUAUAAAUAUAGAAAGAAUAGGUGUUAUUGAUAUUGCCAUAGAAAGAAGAGAUUUAAAGAUUAUAUACAUUAUCUAGAUAAUAAUAUGAUUAAAAUGUAGAGGAUUUAUCAGAAUUGUAGAAAAUGUAGUAAAAGGUUUAAGAUUAAAAGAAUUAAGUUAUAUAGGAAGUUAAUUAUCUUAAAUUAUAUACUGAAAAUUAAGAAAAGUAACUUAUAGAAUUGUAGAAUUUAAGAGCUAAAUCAGAGGAUAGUAUAAAAUAAGAAAAUACAUUGAAGAAUGCAAUAUAGGAUAAAGCUGAUCGUAUAUAAUAAGAGUUGGAUCGUAAUAAAUAGGCAAUUCAAACAUAAAUUAAUAUUUUAGAGAAGCAGAAUAAAGAAAAAGAGUAGAGAGAAGAAUAGAUAAAAAAGAUUAGAUUGGAGAUUGAAGAAUAAAAGAAUAAUUUAAAUAUGUUAACAGAUUAAUAGAUGAAACAUUUACAUUAAAUAGAUCAAGUGGCUAAAAUAAAUAAGGAUAUGGAGAGAUUAAUGAAGGAAAUGUUUGAAAAAGAAGAAUAAGUAUUAUAGUAUACGGGAUUAUUAUAUUAGAAAGAAUAAAAGAUUAAAGAAUAAAAAUUGAAAUUUAAUUAAUUGGAAGAUGAAUUAAAAUUUUAUUAAAAAGAAGAAGAUGAAAUAAAAAAGAGAAUAUAAGAAGAAGAUGAUAAACUAAGUAAAUUUGAAAGUGAAUUUUCAAUAAAAUCAGAAAUGAGAAGUAAAUUAGAAGAUGAUUUAGCUAAAUUAGAAAUGAAUUUAAAUAGUUUAGAAGAAAUGAUUAAAAAUAAGAAUGAUGAAUUAAGAAGUUUUAAUGAAUUAAAGGAAGAAUUAGUUUUAUAUAAAUAAUAAUAUUCUUAAAUAUAAACUGAAAUUAGAGAAAAACAAGAGUAAAUCUAAGAAUUUGAAAAAUAAAGAUCUAGAUUAUCAGGAGAAAUUAAAAAAGAAUAAGAUUAAUUAACUGAAAUUAAUGAAGAAAUAUAUCAUACAAAAGUCAAAGAAGAGGAAAUGAAUUAUUAAAUUAAAUAGAAAUUAAAAGAUUUAGAUUAAUUAAAUGAUUAAUUUAGAAAAUUAGAUGAUGAUACAAAAAUGUUAGAAGCUGUUAUAUAAUUGAAAGAAAAAGAAUUAAAAUAAUAUUAAGAAAAGAAAGAAAUUUUGAAAAAGGAUUUAGAAUUAACAAAUUUAUAGGUAGUAGAAGUGAAGAAACAAUUAAAUAAUAAUAAAAAGAAACAAUAAAAAUCAACAAUUAUUGAUUCAAAUGAAGUUGAAGUCUAUGAAGAUUUAUUAUCAUAAUAGAUAAGUUCUUUAAAUUCUAGAAAUCUCAAUUUAAAAGAUGAUUUAUAAAAAUUAGUUUCAUCUCAAAGUUAACCUAUAUUUUAAAAUGUAUAAUAAAUUGAAGGAACUAAAACAUAAUUAGAAGAAUUAUAAUCUACUAUUAAGGAAAAAGAUAAAAAAUUAGAUAUAUUAGAAUAAUAAUUAUAAUAAUUAUCUAUGUAAUAAUCAAGAGUCACUAUUUAACCUAGUUUUUAUUUUGAUGAUGAUCCUGUAUUAUUAUAAUUAUAAGAUAAAUUCACUAAAGAAAGUGAAAUGUUAGAUGAUCUCUAAUCCAAAUUAAAAAAAACAGCUGAAAGACAUCAUGAAUUAGCUGUUAAAUUAUAAGAAUGGGCAGAAAAAGAACAUAAAUUGGCUAUAGAAUUAGAUUAAAGAAGGUAUUGUGUAGAAAAAAUAGAAAAAGAAUUAGAAACAUUAUUUUAAAAAUAAUCUGAUUUAGAGAAUGAUAAGGUUAAUAUUUAAUAAAAGAUGUAUUAAUUAGAAUUGGACAAUUAGGAAUUAAAUGAAUAAGAAAUUAUUUCUAGGAAUAGAGUCAUAGAAAAAAAAGAUUAUGUUUAAGUUUUGUUUACUAAUUUAGCUGAAAUGGAUGAAAAACUAUUAUAAUUGAGAAAUAGAAUGACUAUUUAUAGUAGAGAAGGAAGACAAUUAACAGAAUUAGUGGAAAACUUAGAAUAUGAAAAAGAAGUUAAAUAAGAAAGUAUGCAAUUAAUCUAAGAAGAAUUAGAAAGUUUAGAAUUAGAAAAAGGAGAAAAAUAAAAUAUGAUUAUAUAGAUCAAAAAAGAAAUAUAAGAAUAAAAUGGAUAAAAAGAUAUGUUGGAAAUUUAAUAUGCUUUAACACAUAGUAAAAAUUAAUAAUUGAAAUCAUUAAUUGGUAUUGAUGAAGCUCUUUAUAAGAAAUUAUAAAUUGAACUAGAAAUUUAAUAAAAGAGAGAUUAAAGUAAAUAUGAAAAUAUGUUUGUUUGUAAUAGCACAUAAACUUAUUAUGAAGUUGAUUAAAUAGAAGUUUUAAUGGAUAAUUUAGUUGCAUAAACAAUAUCCAAAAAAGAAUUACUAAAAUUAAAGUCAGAAUGCAAUUUUGAGAUAUAAAAGUUAUUUGAAUAAGUUAAAUUAUAUGUUUAAGAUAAUGUUAAUGUGAGAAAUCUAAUUUAAUUUUAAUAAAUUUUAAUUUAGGUUUUGGAAAGUGAAAAUAUCAUAAUUUCAGAGUAAAUAAAAUCAAAUAAAACUUUAAAAACACAAAUCGAAGAAUAAUCUACUUUUACUUUAGAAUAAGUAAAUUUAAAUAUUAAAUUAUUAAGAUCGAUACAAUCAAGAAUUCUUCGUCAUUGAUAGAACUUUCUAUAAAUGAACAUAGUCUUAAUAUAGGAGAUAAGAAAAUACCUAGAUAAUGGAUAGUUGAUAAAUAUUUUGAUUAUAAUCAUCAAAUUUAUCCUUUGGGAAUCUUGUAUAUUGUAUACAAGGUAAUAUUUUUAUAUUAUUUAGGUAUCUCUAUUUUAAGUAAUAACUUUAGCAUUGACAGGUACUAAAAUAAUAUAAUUAUAUUCUUAAAUUUGA